CUGCCGAGUUUGACCUGGUAACGUUGGAUCUUGGAUCGUCCCGGUACUUUCCUUAUGGAUCACAGUCGUGUCUGCCACAUAAGUAGUUUAUAUUUUUGCGAGUCAGCUAAGCUUAGUAAGUACACGAAGGAAGCUUUGGGAAGUUUCUUGAUAGGAAGAUGAAUAAUUUUUAAUGGACUGUAAACUCGAAAGUUUAAAUUAUACUGCUGCAGAUUCAUAACAAUCAUGAGUGAAGUUUUGGUGUUGCUGUUUUUAUCGUCUGCUAUGCUAAUCGGCUGUUACAUGGCUGGAAUGAUACCACUGAUUGUAACUUUGUCUGAGGAUAAAUUGCAGCUUGUAUCAGUAUUGGGUGCUGGACUUUUAGUUGGGACUGCUCUUUCUGUUAUUAUCCCUGAAGGAGUAAAUACUUUAUAUGCAACGCAGAUUAAACAAUUGGAUGCAUUAAAACACUUUCAUAACAAUGAAGUAACAGCUAAAGAAGUUAAUGUGGCUCCUAUCCAUACUGCUCAUGGAUCAGGAGAUAUUAUUGAACCACAUUCUGUCAUCGGAGUUGCUUUGGUUUUGGGUUUCAUUUUUAUGUUACUGAUAGAUCAAAUAAGUUCAUCGCAUGGAAGAAAACAAGCACCUGAUGUUGAAGGGUCAAUGAAACCGGAUCGGCAUAAAAUAACUGCAACAAUAGGUCUUGUGGUUCAUGCUGCAGCGGAUGGUAUAGCACUGGGAGCAGCAGUCACUACUUCACAUACAGAUAUCGAAAUGAUAGUUUUUACAGCAAUAAUGUUGCAUAAGGCUCCUGCUGCAUUUGGAUUAGUAACUUUUCUAAUGCAUGAAGGACUUGAUCGGGUCAAAAUAAGAAAGCAUCUUUUAGUGUUUGCUCUUGCUGCUCCAGUUUUAGCUAUUCUAACUUAUUUUGGUAUUAGUCAAUCUACAAAAGAAAGACUGUCUUCCUUGAAUGCCACUGGUAUUGCAAUGCUGUUCAGUGCAGGGACAUUUCUGUAUGUAGCUACUGUUCAUGUGCUUCCUGAAAUUGCUGUGCAAUCCCAUAGGCAUUCCUUAAAUGGUGAUAAUUCACCAGACUCAAAAGGUUUUAAGAAAGUUGAACUUUUAGCUCUUGUUGUUGGUGCACUUCUACCUUUACUACUAUCCAUUGGCCAUCACCACUGAUAAAAUCGCUAUCUAUUUUAUGAAGGAAUAACAUUGUAAUGAUGUGUCACAGCAUAUAAUUUAAAUAUUAAAUUGUAUGCUUAUGAAAUGAUGUGAUAAAUGGAACAAAGUUGCAUUUAAUACCAUAUUUGAAAAUCUUGAAUUUUUUUUCUUUUCACAUUUCAGUAGCUACCUUAGAAGAUUCCAUCUCUUGUAUUCAAUCAGUGUGUACAUUUUAAUAACAUUUCUAUGUGUAUACUGAUUUUUUUUUAAAUAAAGGAUAUGGAUGUUUCCAUAUAUUUAUGUUAAAAUUUUAGGUAGGUUUAAAGAAAAUCACUUUUGCAUAUAUGUUUUCAAUCUUUAAACAGUCAUCACACAUAAUAUUUGAAGUAUAAUACUCAUCGAAACUUUAAUCAUUGCUAUAAAAAAUAUGAUACUGAUUUUGUACUUUUUUUAUGCCUCAUAUUUAUUUUGAAAUCUUAGAUGCCUUUUUCCAAAUUAAGCUUAAAAAUUGGCAUAACUCUUGGUGAAAAAAUCAUUUUGUUCCUCCAGCUUAUUUUCUGCCAAAUGCAUCUACUUUUUUGUGACACAAACACAAGCAUAUAUUCAUAAUUUAUACAAAAAAUAUAACCUGAAUAAAGUGUUCUUCUAUAAAUACA